AUGAAUAUUGUGUUUGCCCUUUUCCAAAUGCAUCCAAAUAAGGCUCCGGGCCCUGAUGGUAUGCAUGCUCUAUUUUUUCAAUCUUUCUGGCAUAUUAUUGGUCCUGAUGUCGGGUCUUAUGUGAAGAAGUGGUGGAGGGGAGAAGUGGAGUUACAUGAUAUUAAUAAUACUUGCAUUGUUCUUAUCCUUAAAUGGUUUUUUUUUAAUGGGAUUAUAUCUCAAAAUCGGAGUGCCUUUGUUCCAAAACGUCUUAUUUCUGAUAAUGCUUUGGUGGCUUUUGAGAUCUUCCAUGCUAUGAAGAGAAGUGGGAAAGGAAAGGAGGGUAGUUUUGCUUUGUACUUGGAUAUGAGUAAGGCCUAUGAUAGAGUGGAGUGGAGCUUUUUAAAGAAGAUUUCAGGUUCUGUGACUCCUACUAGGGGUCUCCGACAGGGUGAUCCCAUAUCUCCUUAUCUUUUCUUGUUGUGUGCGGAUGCUUUUUCAACUCUGAUUGGUACGGCGGCGGAAAAUAAUCUUAUUCACGAAAAUAUGAGUUUCGCAUCGGGUCAAAAUGUCAAUCUGAGUAAGACAGAAGUGACUUUUAGUAAAAAGGUGAGUAUGAAUCGUCGACAGGAAAUUAUUGAUACAUUGGGUGUUCGAGAGGUGGAUAGAUAUGAGAAGGUUGGAAGGAAAAAGCUCCUCUCAAUGCUGGGUAGGGAGAUUCUUCUUAAAGCAGUGGCACAGGCUAUACCUAUCUACAUGAUGAGUAUUUUCAAAAUUCUGGAUGGUCAUAUAGAUGACAUUCAUUUGAUGUUGGCUCGAUUUUGGUGGGGCUACUCGGAUUCUAUAAGAAAGCUACAUUGGCAAAAGUGGGAGUACUUGUGUAAGCCGAAGAAGUUUGGUGGUAUGGAGGUUCGUGAUCUACGUGUUUUUAACCAAGAAUUGUUGGCUAAACAAUGUUGGCGGCUUCAUCAUCUUCAAGGUACUCUCCUUCAUUCAAUCUUUAAAGCUAAAUAUUUUAAACACUGUGAUAUCUUGGAGGCGCAUCGGAGCUAUGAUCCAAGUUAUACUUGGCGUAGUAUUAGGGGGGCUAAAUCCCUUCUUCUCGAUGGAUUGAAAUGGAGGAUUGGGAAUGGUUGUAAGGUGAAAGUAUAG